AUGGCCUGGAAAGACAAGCUCAGGCGCAUCAAGGAUGAGCUGGGGGGCAUUGUCGGCGACAAGGAACAGUCCCCCAGCCAAGCCCCGCCUCCGGUUCCUCCGCACCCUCCCAACCAACCUGCCGUCGCCUCUGUCUACUGGCAACCUCGUUUCCAACCGGACGUGGCCAUCCAUAUCGAUUGGGAUCCAAAGCUCGGCAAUGGCCCCGACGGCUGGGGAAACCAAGAGUUGCAGCACUACACGGCCGCUCCAGAAAAUGUCUUCCAGCAAGCGACUAAGAUGUUCUUUGCCUGCGACAGCACCGCCGAGGGAAGUCUCGUCAUCCGUGCCGUCGCAAACAAGGAUGCCCCCUCCGCCGAUCGGCGCUACACGUCGGCCCGUCUCGUUAGCAGGCAGACGCUCGCCCGCGACCGUGGCGUCCUCUCGGCCGUCAUCCUCUCCCCCUGCGCCGACGGCAUCUGGCCCGCCUUCUGGCUCCUCCCGCAGGAGCCGUUCGCCUGGCCGACCGACGGUGAGAUCGACAUAGCAGAGACGUGGAACGGCGACUGCGAGAACCACUCUUGCCUGCACUGGGGCCAGCACCACGAGCCCCAGAAGCACCGCGUGCGUGGCACCCGCAUUCGCGACAUGCACGCCCGUCCCGUGCGCUACGACUUUGCAUGGGACCAGCCUGGGGGGCAACCAGGCCAGGGCAGGCUGCUGUGGUACAUCGACGGCCGGCCCGUCAUGAAGGCGGCGGUUCCCGAAGGCACCCGUCCGCUGCGGGAGAUGACCAUCCUGCUCAACGUGGCCAUGGGCGGCAACGUGUGCGCCGGCAAGAAGCCGAAGAAUGGGUGCUACGACAUGGUCGUCUACUCCCUCGGCCUGUUCGAUGAGUUGGACGCCGGCGGCUGGAGCCGGUUCGAGCGCGACUGGGAGUGCGGGAGCACGCCUCACGGGAGCACGUAUUAG